AGAAGCAGAGGAUGCUUUGCACCGCCUGCAUUUUCUCCCUGCCUGGUAAGUCAUGACGGAAAGGGUAAGAUACAGAGUGGUGUUUUCCAACCUAGACAUCAAAAAGAGUGCAGGAGCGAAGUGGUUCCCAUUUUCCCUCAAGUUUUCCCAUUGGGAUGCUGAGAUACCCAGGAGCCACGCAUGGACUCAGCCCCGGUCUGCCCCAUUCAUCCCAGUCCACCAAAACCUCCCCUGCAAAGGGCUGUCCCAGCGUAGGGCUCCCCACUGAGGCCUCCAGCAGCGCCGAGAGAGGCUCGCACACACAGUGCCACCAAAAUGGUGACAUUUGUCAAUAUUUGCCCACUUUGGGCUCUCUGAAGGAGGGGCCGCGCCAGGCAGCCCAUGGGGCUAUAAAAGGUGUGACUGGAGGCACCUUGGGCUCACCCGGACACCGGAGCUGCCACCACCAGCCAUGAAGCUCUUCUUGUUGCUCCUCUGCUUGGCAGGGCUGGCGCCUGCUGCCUGCAACGUGAUUCAGUUCGGUUCAAUGAUCAAGCGCAAGACAGGGAAAUCACCGCUGUCCUACAACGGCUACGGCUGCUACUGCGGCCUGGGGGGAUCCAAGCAGCCGCUGGACGCCACCGACAGGUGCUGCCAUGCCCACGACUGCUGCUACAAGAAGCUGUCCUCCUCUCGCUGCAGCCCCAAGCUGGUCACGUACAAAUACUCCAUCCAGGGAAGCAAGAUAACGUGCGGAUCUGGGACUUGGUGUCAAAGAGGGAGCUGCGAGUGCGACAGGCGGGCGGCGGAGUGCUUCCAGAGGGCAGCCAGGACGUUCCGGAGCUCCUACAGGAACUACCGCAACUCCCUGUGCAAGGGCUCCACUCCAUCCUGUUGAACGCACCUCAACGGCAGGAACGGGCUCCGCUGCGGGCUCGGUGCCUUCCCAGGGGCUGGGCAGAGCCCGGCUUGGUCCUGAGACAC